AUGACUUUGUGUACGUAUUAUCUUGGUGCUUCAGAGUGGGAACAAGAUUUGUGGUCAUGUCUGCUUGUAAAGUCAGAUCUCUGACCAGGUAUAAGUAGAUCUUAUCAGACAGCCUGCUAACACAAGUCCUGAAGCUGAACAAUACAAAACAACCUCUAUUGUGCUCCAGUCUGGUAAGUUCAACUAUCAGAUCAUUAUAAGCUAUUUUUGUAAUGAAUAUAAUGAUUGCCAGUAUAUUUAUGUUCACUAUCAGCUCCUAUAUGGUGCUUUUGCAAUUUUAGUCCCAAUUUUGUUUUAUUAAAAGUGAAUAAUAUCAAAGCUAUGUUUUAUCAUGUUGGGUAUUGUUAUGCUGAUUGGUUUGGUCUCCUCUACAUGUUGUUUUACUACAGGUGCUGUUGAAGUCAUGAGGAGAGACAACAUCCUAACCUUUGCAGUGCUGUGUGUCUUCCAUGCUUGGACUCUGGGUGUGGACUCCAAGAUGGUAAGUAUCUCUCAAUAUGUAACACAGAACUAGAAGAUUACUGUGGAAGUGUUUUUGCACAUAGGCCUUUUCAACAUUGCUCACAAUCCAGAAUCAACUUUUAUUUGUUGUAUAGAACUAUAUGAUUUUGAGAUGAGAACCUUGUUAUUAAAGGGUAUUAAUAGCAUAUAGUCGUGCUAUGAUUAAUUUGAGCACAAGAUCACUACAGUUAAACAUUUUAAUAAAACCAUUCCUCUUGUUAUUUUGGCUGUUUUUCCCUCCAUAUUCUCUGAAGGUUCAUCUCCAUCAGCCUGGUCUCAAUUCCCCCAAACCCUUAGACAUGGUCCCUUACUCUGUUGACGACAUGUAUAACGGCUGCACUGAACAAAUGUACAACAAGGUGCGGAAGGAAUAUCUUCCAAAUGAAAACAGAAAUGUAGCGAUCUUCAAUAAAUCCUGGAAACAGGCAGAAGGAUGUGCAACAAAAGUGAAGAACCGAUUCCAAAAGGACAAGUCCAAGUACAAUUCUAAAGAUAAACUUACACAUGAUCAUAUCAAGGCUAUCUGUGCUUACACAGGAGGUCAAAGUAAGAUGUACCCAGUGUUCAACGAAGCAGUCCGGACCAAUAGAACAGAGUACACCACCUCCUUCCAAUUCCACUCCCUGCAUUUCCUGCUGACUGACGCCAUUCACCUCCUGAAACUAAACCAACAGACCUGUCACACCACAUACCGGAGAACCAACAUGGAGUUUGGAGGUGAAGUUAACCAACUAAUCCGAUUCGGCUUCUUUGCCUCAAGCUCUCUCAACAAGGGAAUUAGUGAAAAAUUCGGAAAUAAAUCCUGCUUUAAUAUAACUACAUGUUCAGGAGCUUUUCUCAAGUCCUACCCAGUGCUGGGAGACUACGAGAAGGAGGUGUUGAUUCCACCUUUUGAGAUGUUCAAAAUUACCAAAAAGGAAAAUGGCCAGAAGGUUUUUAACUGUGAAACUCUCUACAAACUGGAGAGUGUAGGGCUCCAGAGCAAUCUGAAUUGUAAAGCUGUAUAG